GUUGCCUAAACCGUUGGGUCGGACGCGUCCCCGUUGAUUCCUUCCCCGAAGUGGCAGCACAGCGCGCCACCAACGCCCUCGCGCGCGCAUGGUGAUGGUCCCCUCCGAUCCCUCCCUCCGUCCGCGCGCUCCCUAUAAAACGCGGGCGCCGCUCGCCACCCUCCCUCCCACCUCACACGCCGAUCAGUACCUGUGUCGCUGCCGCCGCGUACUGUGUGUGCCACCUGUCUACUAGCUUGUCUUGUUGAUCUCCGGCCGUCUCCCUCACACUCACAGGCCGUGAACCUUUUGCCGCUUGCCGGCGCGCGCAUGGCGCUGGAGGCCGUGGUGUUCGCGCAAGGCCACUUCGGCUACGGCCAGGCUCCGGGGCUCGGGCCCUGGUGCGACAUGGUAGGCGCCGGCGGGUUCCUGGAAGACUGCUGGGAUCAGCAGCUUUUGGCCGCCCCCGUGGCGCCCAAUGCGGAGGAUCAGUGGGAGCCGGUCUCCAGCUGGGACCAGUCUGAGGCGUCCUCCGAGGGCAAGGCGGCGGCGCCGGAGCCGGCCAUGGCAGCGGCGGCGACGGGGAGGAGGAAGCGGAGGCGCACCAAGAUCGUCAAGAACAAGGAGGAGGUGGAGAGCCAGCGGAGGACCCACAUUGCGGUCGAGCGCAACCGCCGCCGCCAGAUGAACGAGUACCUCGCUGCGCUCCGCUCACUCAUGCCACAAUCCUACGCUCAAAGGGGCGACCAAGCAUCCAUAGUUGGAGGGGCAAUCAACUACGUGAAGGAGCUGGAGCAGCUCCUCCAAUCGCUCGAAGUCCAAAAAAGCGUCAAGAACCGCACCGGCCGAUCCCCUUUCGCCAGCUCCUUCACCUUCCCACAGUACUCCACCUCGUGUAACGCCACGCAGGCCACCGCCAGCGACGGCGGCUCCGGUGCCGAUUCGAGCGGCCUCAAGAGCGAGGCCGGCGUGGCCGACAUCGAGGUGACCAUGGUGGAAGGCCACGCGAGCCUCAAGGUGCUCUCCCGGCGGCGGCCGAGGCAGCUCCUGAGGCUUCUCGCCGGGCUGCAGCAGCUGCGCAUCCCGCCGCUCCACCUCAACGUGACCACCGUCGACGCCAUGGUCCUGUAUUCCUUCAGCCUAAAGGUGGAGGAUGGCUCCAAGCUGAGCUCUGUGGAAGAUAUUGCGGCCGCUGUGCAUGAGAUCCUGGCCAGGAUACAGCGGGAGGAGGAGGAGGCCGGUCGACUCAGCAGCUCGAGCUGAUGCUGAUGGCUGAUCGAUGCCACGGAGGCGACCGUCGUGCAAGCCUGUGAUGCUGCACUGCUCCCUGCAUCUGUGCAUGUCGUGUACCUGCCGUGUCCUGGAAAAUGGAAUCAAUUCUACUCUAUCUUUGUACGUGAAACUGUGAAUGACGACUGUACCCUGCAUGCAAACCCUUGCCUGGUCCAGAGCAAUGGCGAAAAAAACACACUAUGACAAGAUAACUAGCUGUACAUCAAAACUGGCGCGCUGCAUGCUUGGCUCCGAGGCUACUCAUAGUGGAAGUAUCGUUAUAGUGUCAUGCAUACGAUACUAGUGUAUGAUACUACUUUCAUAAUGCAUAGUAUAUAAAGUAGUAUCAUAGAUGACCUUAUUUAUGGCCAUGCAUGACACAAAGUGAUAUAACAUUUAUCAUGUAACGGUAUCUAUCUAUGUUAAUCUAACUCUCUCUCUCCCCCUUUUCUUUAA